AUGGCGGUGCAGGUGGUGCAGGCAGUGCAAGCGGUCCAUCUGGAGUCGGACGCCUUCCUCGUGUGUCUCAACCACGCUCUGAGCACGGAGAAGGAAGAGGUGAUGGGGCUGUGCAUUGGGGAGGUUGACACCGUCAGAAUUGUUCACAUUCAUUCUGUCAUCAUCCUGCGACGUUCCGAUAAGAGGAAGGAUCGCGUGGAAAUUUCUCCAGAGCAGCUGUCUGCGGCCUCAACAGAGACACACAGGUUGGCUGAACUGACGGGUCGCCCCAUGAGAGUUGUGGGUUGGUAUCACUCUCAUCCCCAUAUAACUGUUUGGCCUUCACAUGUUGAUGUCCGCACACAAGCCAUGUACCAGAUGAUGGAUCAAGGCUUUGUAGGACUUAUAUUUUCCUGCUUCAUAGAAGAUAAAAAUACAAAGACUGGACGGGUACUCUAUACUUGCUUUCAAUCCAUACAGGCCCAAAAGAGCUCAGAGUAUGAGAGAAUUGAAAUCCCAAUUCAUAUUGUACCUCACAUAACCAUUGGGAAAGUAUGCCUUGAGUCAGCAGUUGAGCUGCCCAAGAUCCUGUGCCAGGAAGAACAAGAUGCGUAUAGGAGGAUCCACAGCCUUACACAUCUGGACUCAGUAACCAAGAUCCACAAUGGCUCAGUGUUUACCAAGAAUCUGUGUAGUCAGAUGUCAGCAGUCAGUGGACCUCUACUACAGUGGUUGGAGGACAGACUGGAGCAAAACCAACAGCAUGUGCAGGAGCUGCAACAAGAAAAGGAAGAGCUUCUGCAAGAACUUUCUUCUCUAGAAUAA